CAGUGACAGUGACAGCGAAAGGGGGACUUUAAUUUUCACUUAUCGUUGAUCGGAUGAUCGGAAUAAGUGUAGUUUUUCUUUAUAAAUUAGCCUGAUUUACUUUCACACGGUGAUAGUUAGCAAUAGCAUCCUCCUGAGUGUCGCAGGAACUUCGGAGCACCAUACGUUUCAUUAGUUUAAUUCUUGUACCUUUCGUUUAACAUAAAUUAAAUGUACCUAUUUAAGACCCAAUAGGUGUAAAUUUUGUUUUGUUUUAAUUGUGACGGAGUAAAGAAUAUCUAAUCAACGGUUUUAAUUUUAUUAAAAAGGGUUAAAGGUCGUUUUGUUAGUUUGAAUUUCGUCGUUUUAUUGUUGAUUACGUGCAAAGCUACUUAGACGUUAUGGCCGGUGACAAUCCAUUUAAUAAAUACCUCAAAACUCUUACAGUAGAUGGUACAGAAUUCAAGUACUAUGAUAUUACAGCACUUCAUGCAGGUUACGAUCGUUUGCCUUACUGCAUCAGAAUACUUCUGGAAUCCGCCGUGAGAAACUGCGACAACUUUUCAAUCAAAGAAAAUGAUGUUAAAAACAUCAUGAACUGGGAGGAAAAUCAGGCUGUCGAAGGAGGCGUCGAAGUACCAUACAAACCCGCUAGAGUUCUCCUACAAGAUUUUACUGGAGUACCGGCCGUAGUAGAUUUCGCUGCUAUGAGAGACGCUGUGAAAGGUUUGGGCGGCGAUCCGAUCAAAAUAAAUCCAAUUUGCCCAGUCGAUUUGGUCAUCGAUCAUUCCAUUCAAGUCGACUUUGCUCGAUCCGAAGAUGCCUUAAAGAAAAACGAAGACCUGGAAUUCGAGCGCAACAAAGAAAGAUUCAGGUUUUUAAAGUGGGGAGCCAAAGCCUUCGAAAACAUGCUUAUCGUCCCUCCUGGAAGCGGUAUUGUCCACCAAGUCAACCUGGAGUACUUGGCUCGCGUAGUUUUCACCAACGGUGUUUUGUACCCGGACACUGUGGUCGGUACUGAUUCACACACGACCAUGAUCAACGGCUUGGGAGUCCUCGGAUGGGGCGUCGGUGGCAUCGAAGCUGAAGCUGUAAUGCUGGGUCAAACCAUAAGCAUGCUGUUGCCUCAAGUAGUCGGUUACAAAUUGUACGGGGAGUUAGACGAAUAUGUAACAUCAACCGAUGUAGUACUUACGAUUACGAAGCAUUUACGUCAACUGGGAGUUGUGGGGAAAUUCGUGGAGUUUUAUGGGCCUGGUGUGGCCGCUUUGUCUGUAGCCGAUAGGGCUACGAUCGCUAAUAUGUGUCCGGAAUACGGAGCUACUGUAGGGAUGUUUCCGGUAGAUGAAGGUUCUUUGGCGUAUUUAAAACAAACCGAUCGAACUGAAAAGCACAUCAGAAUCGUCGAGGCGUACCUGAAGGCUACGAAGCAACUCCGAAACUAUACUUCCGAACAGGAAGAGCCAGCUUACAGUAUAAACGUGGGCUUGGAUUUAUCCACUGUCGUGUCGUCUAUUAGUGGACCGAAGAGGCCGAACGACAGGGUUUCCGUGACCGAUAUGAAACAGGACUUCCUCAGCUGCUUGACAAAUAAGAUCGGUUUUAAAGGAUUCGCCAUUCCCCCGGCCAAAGUGGACACCUCGGCGAAGUUCAUGUUCGACGGUACCGAGUACCAGCUGCGGCACGGCAGCGUCAUCAUAGCCGCCAUAACGUCCUGCACCAACACCAGCAACCCCAGCGUCAUGCUGGGCGCCGGCAUGCUGGCCAAAAAGGCCGUCGCCGCCGGCCUGUCCGUCGCUCCCUACAUCAAAACCAGCCUGUCGCCGGGCUCCGGCGUCGUCACCUACUAUCUGCGCGAAUCCGGCGUGAUCCCGUCGCUGGAGAAGCUCGGAUUCAACAUCGUCGGCUACGGUUGCAUGACGUGCAUCGGCAACAGCGGCGGCGUCGACGAGAACAUCAUCAACGCCAUCGACGAGAACGAUCUCGUUUGCUGCGGGGUGUUGUCCGGCAACAGGAACUUCGAGGGGCGCAUCCACCCGAACACCAGGGCGAAUUAUCUGUGCAGUCCGCUGCUGGUGAUCGCCUACGCUAUAGCCGGUCGGGUGGAUAUCGAUUUCAAAACGGAACCGUUGGGGCACAAGCCGGACGGUAGUCCCGUGUUCUUGAGGGACAUUUGGCCUACUAGGAGAGAAAUCCAAACGGUGGAACAGAAGUACGUUAUACCGGCUAUGUUCGAUGAAGUUUAUAAGAAGAUUCAAACGGGUUCGAGUAGUUGGCAACAACUGGAGGCUCCCAGUAGCGAAUUGUACCCUUGGUCAAGUGCUUCGACUUACAUUAAGAGACCCCCAUUCUUCGAUGGCAUGACGAAAGAUCUACCCGGAAAUACUCUAAUAGAAGGUGCUAGAGCUCUGCUGUAUUUAGGGGAUUCUGUUACCACCGAUCACAUCAGCCCGGCGGGCUCCAUCGGUAGGACGAGUCCUGCGGCAAGGUACUUGGCCCAACGCGGUUUAACUCCUAAAGAAUUCAACUCCUACGGAUCCAGAAGAGGCAACGACGACGUAAUGGCCAGAGGCACUUUCGCCAAUAUCAGAUUGGUGAACAAAUUCAUGAGCAAAGCCGGUCCUAAGACGAUCUAUUUCCCUACCAACGAGGAGAUGGAUAUUUACGACGCAGCGGAGAGAUACAGCAAAAACGGAACACCGCUAAUUAUUGUAGCUGGAAGCGAUUACGGAUCCGGUUCGAGCAGAGAUUGGGCCGCCAAGGGACCGUUUUUAUUGGGCAUCAAGGCAGUGAUAGCUCAAUCGUUCGAGCGCAUCCAUCGAUCGAAUCUGGUCGGUAUGGGUAUCGUUCCGUUGCAAUUUUUGCCGGGUCAGAGCGCUGAAUCUCUCGGCCUGACCGGCAAGGAAACCUACAACAUUCACUUGCCGUCCGACCUGAAGCCCGGGCAAACCAUCAAAGUGUCCACCAACGCCGGCGUGAACUUCGAUGUCGUGCUGAGAUUCGACACGGAGGUGGAUUUGUUGUUCUACAGAAACGGCGGCAUUUUGAAUUAUAUGAUUAGGAAAAUGUUGAAGUAGGGUGCAGGUAUACUUUUUAUGCAAUAAAAAAAUUAAUUUCGGGUUUUAUAGACAGUUACUGUGUGUUUACAAUCGAAAGAUUGCAGGAAAAUGAAGCUUAACUGUGUAAAAACCGAAAUGCUACUUAUCUGUUGCUUUGUAAUAAUAAGUAGAAAAUAAUGAUUUUUAUAUCGGUCGGGGUUGAAUUUUCUAUGAAAACACAAAUAGUAAUAAUGUAAUACCUAUGUAAUAAGUUUUUAAACUGUUCUUUAAAAAUUAUUUGCUUGAGUAUACGAGACCAAAAUAACCUGAACGAUAGUACUUAACAAAUUUAAUAUAUUGUAAUAUUUUAUGAUUUUAAAAAGAACUGAAAAGUACUUUAAUUUAAUUGACUUGUUUAGCUCUUUUCUAAACAAUUAACAUUAUUUACCAGUUAUUUUGGUC